CCGGGAAGGUGCGGCUGCGGCGCCGGGCGCCAUUUCCUCGGCGCCUCCCGCGGUGACGGCGCAGCGGCAUCACCGCUGACGUGGGGGCGACGCGCGGCUCUCGCCCGGCCCAAUCCCUCCUCCCCCACCUACUUCCCCUGUGACGGGGGCGCCACGUACUUCGGCAAAUGACCAUGGAAGCAGGGGAAUCGCAACAAGACGGCAGUGCAGCAGAUUCUGUGGCAGAAAGUGAUUCUGCUAAUAUACAGUCUCUGUCUGGCCAAAGUCAGAUUUCUGCUAUAGCUCAGGUGUCGGUAGCCGGAUCAACAACUGGAAGAGGAUCUCCUACAGUAACUGUAGUGCAGCUGCCUUCUGGUCAAACAGUCCACGUGCAGGGAGUGAUUCAGGCCACCCAGCCUUCAGUCAUUCAGUCACCACAGUUGCAAUCUGUUCAGGUAGCAUCUGCUACAAAUGCAGAUGAAUCGACAGAAUCGGAGGCUGUAAUAGAUUCUCAGAAGCGUGGGGAAAUACUCUCAAGGAGGCCUUCAUACCGGAAAAUUUUGAAUGAUCUUUCUUCUGAUGCCCCUGGUGUCACAAAGAUUGAAGAAGGAAAGCCAGAGGAAGAAGGAGCACCCUCUGGCAUUCCCACCAUGGCAGUACCAACCAGCCUUUACCAGACUAGCACUGGGCAGUACAUUGCUAUAGCCCAGGGUGGAGCAAUCCAGAUCUCUAAUCCAGCAUCCGAUGGUGUUCAGGGGUUGCAAACAUUAACCAUGACAAACUCAGGAGCUCCUCAGCCUGGUGCUACCAUUGUACAAUAUGCAGCUCAAACACCCGAUGGCACACAGCAGUUCUUUGUACCUGGGAGUCAAGUUGUUGUCCAAGCUGCCACUGGUGACAUGCCAACUUACCAGAUCCGAACUCCGACCACUGCCUUACCCCAGGGGGUUGUCAUGGCAGCAUCCCCAGGAACGUUGCACAGCCCACAGCAGCUAGCAGAAGAAGCAACACGCAAAAGGGAGCUACGGCUUAUGAAAAAUAGGGAAGCUGCUCGCGAGUGUCGCAGGAAGAAGAAGGAGUAUGUCAAAUGUCUUGAAAACCGGGUGGCUGUGCUUGAAAACCAAAACAAGACUCUCAUUGAGGAACUGAAGGCCCUCAAAGACCUUUAUUGCAAUAAAGCAGAGUAAUGGGCACUUGGCGGUUGGACCUUUGUGCUGUGAACGCUAAUCAAGGCAUGAAAUGAAGCAAUUCUACAGAUUGUCAUGUGACCCUUGAGGGGAGGGGCAGGAUGUAGCCCCCUUGCGAUACCCGCUUUCUUAGACGUUUUCUAAAUGGUCGGGAGUUGCUCCAAAAACCAGAAACCAUCACGUUCUCUGCUCUUUCAUCAUUGCGCAUACUCUGUUCCACCCCCAUGUGUCCCCCCCCCCCGGUAGCAUGCCAAAAAAACCAUGUGUUUUGUUUGCCCUUUGACUUCUGCUUUUUUCAGGGAAGCUGCAAAAGAAUGUCGACGGCGAAAGAAGGAAUACGUGAAAUGUCUGGAGAGUCGUGUCGCGAUGUUAGAAGUUCAGAACAAGAAACUUAUAGAAGAGUUAGAAACCUUAAAAGACAUUUGCUCUUCCAAGACAGACUAGUGUCAAUAUUGAAACUGUGAACUGGCUCUAAAGCAUGUACAGAUGCUUCUUCAGGCAGUGUCUAGUCAACAAGAAUUAUGACUUUUUCCUCUGUGUCAUUUGUGUUCUCCCUCCAGUCUCUUACAUUCCUGAAACACUUUUGCUGCAAUUUUUAUAGAUUCUUGGUUGACACUUCAGGUCUUUUUCUCAUCCUGAAAAGAGUCCAACGCUUCAGGCAGUGUGUGUUUUGAGUUUUCAAAAUGAAACAUCUGCAAGAACUGCUCUUCUGCCCAAUAUUUGCAUUAAUUUUUUUUUGUGUGUAAUUUUGGUAAUACCUGACAUGCACCAGUAUUUUAUAGUGAUCAAAGAUAAUGCAUCCAACACAAUAAAAUGAAAACCACCCAAAGUAUCUCAGGAAAGAGUUACAUAUAUAUAUCUAUAUAUAUAUCUAUACAUAUAUAUCUAUAGAUAUAUAUAUUAAAAGUAUGUUAUGACAUACAUGUAUUAGAAUACUAGUUUACAAAUGACUUUAUGGCAUAUUUUUAUAUUCAUCGCUUUGUGAAGAGAGUAUUGUAUUGCUGUCACUGAGUGCCAUGGUUGAAACUAGUUUUUUAAAUAGAACCAUGUUGGUUAA